GAGGAGAGCUGCUGAUUGACACGGUUGCGAUGGCGACAGCGGCCGGGUCAGCCCCGCUGGAUUCAGCACCGCGGCCGCUCCAACUUCAGCACCAAGGACAGCGACUGUCCGCUGCAGCCCAGCCAGGUUCAGCACCGCGGCCGCUCCAACUUCAGCACCACGGACAGCGACCGCCCGCUGCAGGCGCUCCAACUUCAGCACCAGGGACAGCGGCCACCCGCCCCAACCACACACACUACAUCCUGAUAGUCAUCGGCGAGAUCAGCACAGAUGACCAGCUGCGGGCAGCGAUCCUCCACGUUGAGCAAGGCGUUCGCUCCUGGGAUGUGGACCUGACCUCCUUUGACCUUGACCAGCAGCUGAGGCACUUUGUCACCAGGCAUUCGGCUCAGUUCUCCAGCGAUGUUAGAGGCCAGAAGACCCUCCACCACAGGAGUGAUGAGCUGGAAUCCGUGGUCCUGGUAAACCCCACAGAGCACACUGUCGCCUCUGAGGUUCACGCUCUCGUGACCGACUCGUCCCAGCACAAGCUCCUGAUUCUGUGCGGACAAACGACAGAACACGGAGGAGACCUGAUACUACAGACUGGGACGUACACCUUUCAAAGAUUCGUCGAGACCUUCGCAGACGCUGAGGUGACGGAGCUGUUGAGCAGCGCUGAAGCCGAGUCCAAGGCUUGCAUCACCAUUUGCCACCCUGGCGAGGGGGACUGGAGCAACCUCAAGCAGCACAACCUCCAGGGAUUCAUCCACCUCAAGCUGAACCCAGCAGCCACACUGCCGGAGAUGGAUGGGGUCUCGGAGUUCACCGAGUACCUGACCGAGUCGGUGGAGGUCCCCUCACCCUUCGACCUGCUGGAACCCCCCACCUCGGGCGGCUUCCUCAAGCUGUCCAAGCCAUGCUGCUACAUCUUCCCCGGCGGCAGGGGGGACUCUGCCCUCUUCGCCGUCAACGGCUUCAACAUCCUGGUGGACGGCGGCUCGGAGCGGCGGUCGUGCUUCUGGAAGCUGGUCCGCCACCUGGACAGGAUCGACUCCAUUCUCCUGACGCACAUCGGGGCGGACAACCUGCCCGGCAUUAACGGGCUGCUCCAGAGGAAGAUCGCGGAGCAAGACGAGGAACAGUCGCAAGGCUCCACCACGUACAGCGACUGGAUCAAGAACCUCAUCUCCCCGGAGCUGGGAGUGGUCUUUUUCAACGUGCCCGAGAAACUAAAAAUGCAGGAACCCUCUAUGAAGGUCAAGCGGAGCAUUGAAGAAGCUUGCCUGUCGCUACAGUACUUGACUAAGCUGGGAAUCAAAGCCGAGCCCCUCAACAGAGUUGUCGGGGCUACUAUUGACCCCAUCUCACUCUUCCACAAAAUGGGCGUUGGCCGAUUGGACAUGUACAUCCUCAACCCAGUCAAAGACAGCAAGGAGAUGCAGUUCCUGAUGCAAAAGUGGGCAGGGAACAGCAAAGCCAAGACUGGCAUCCUCCUGCCCAACGGCAAAGAGGGCGAGAUUUCCGUCCCAUAUCUCACGUCCAUCACGGCCCUGGUGGUGUGGCACCCUGCCAACCCUUCCGAGAAGAUAGUCCGGGUCUUGUUCCCGGGCAACGCUCCGCAGAACAAGAUCCUGGAAGGGCUGGAGAAGCUGAAGCACCUGGAUUUCCUCAAGUAUCCUGUGGCCACGCAGAAGGACCUGGCUGGAGGCAUCACCCCGCCCGCGGUGAAGCAGACCAAAGUGCGGCAGAGAACCGACAGCAAGGAGAGCCUCAAGUCCUCGCCCAAGCCCGCCGCUCCCAAGGCAGCGAGGAAGGAGGAGGCAGCUGAAGAAACGACGGCAAAGCACCCGGAGGUUAAGACGGAGCCGUUGAGAGAGAACAAGUUGGAGAAGAAAGAAGAGAAGAAGGCAAAGUCGGAGGUGGAGAAAGCCGCGAUGGACGCCAUUAAAACGGAAAAGAAAAAACUGGCCAAGGAGAAGACAGUGAAGAAGCACGCCAAGGACAAGUUGGCAAAGUCGGAGGAGAAGAAGGACAAGGAGAAAAAAGAGAUCAAAAAAGAAAAGAAGGAGGUGAAGAAAGAGGAUGUGAAAAAAGAAGAGAAAAAGGAGGUUAAGAAAGAUGAGAAGAAGAAAGAGGCCAAGAAGGAAUCGAAGAAGCUGAUCAAAGCGGACUUAAAGCCUUUCACUCCUGAAGUCAGGAAGACUCUACACAAAGCCAAGGCCCCAGGCAAGAAAUCAGACCCGGCCAAAAGCAAAGUGGCUAAAGAGGCUGUGGAGGCAAAGAGUGAACCAAAGCUCGUCAAGAAGGUCCCGACAGAGUCCACCACUGUGCAGUUACAGGAGGAGAGGUCAGUCAUGUCUUCGCCAGAGGAUCUGUCCAAGGACUUUGAGCAGCUGCAGACUGAAGAGGCGGCCAAGGUCACAGAGCCCGCCCAACGUCCCGAGGCAGGGGAGAUCGCCGCGGUGACAGCAGCAGAGGGGAGACCACCGGACCUGCCCGACGUUGGUCCUCACCAGGAGGAGACCCCUGAACCACCCACCUCCGACACCAAACCCUCUCCCGAACCUCCGGGCGAGGGGGUAAUCCCACCAGCCGCGGAGGACAUCCCACCUCUCGAGGUUCUCCAGCCCGAGUCUUCGAUGGAGAAGGUUCUCGAAGACGAGGGUGCUGCGUUGGAGGAGUCUCUGGAAAUGAGUGAGUUGGAAGAAAAGGUGGUGAGGACAGGGAAGGAAGAUGAGGAAGGGUUUGCUCAGGAUGGACUAGAAACCCCACGGGAUGAAGUGGGCGAGGAAUAUCCGUCUGAAGAGCAGGUCGGACUUCCAGAAGGAUCGGAAAAAGAGGUCGGACGGAAGGCAGAAGAGGAGGAAAUGGAGAAAUGUGAGAGAUACAUUGAAUCAAUGGAGACGAGGGAACAGAAUGAGGACAGCGAGGGUGAAGAGGUGGUUGAGAAGGCAGAGCUGGAGGAAACAGUGGAAGGUGUUGAUGAAGAUAAGAAGGUGAAAGCCAAGGAAAAGGAAGACACACUCCACGAUGAGCAAGAAGUCAUUGCGAAACGAGAUGAAGACUUACCUGAGCGCGAUUCGCCCGCAGCUGAGGGGAAGCAAACUCCAACACCGGAUGCCAAAUUGGCGAAGACCAAGGAAGAGCCGAUGCCAACGCCCGUGUUGCCCGCUCCUGGCGCGGUGGGCGAGCCCGUCUCCUACAUCCAGGACGAGACCAUCCCCGGCUAUUCGGAGACGGAGCAAACGAUUUCGGACGAGGAGAUACACGACGAGCAAGAGGACCACAUGUCCCACCUGAAGUACGAGGUGGACACUUACAACAUCUCCGUGCCGGACGACACCAGGUCCUUCGAUGCCGUCCACGGGAUGAAGGAGAUCAGAGCCAUGGCGGCCAAGGGCUUUGUGAGGAUGGAGCCCGAAAUAGUGGUCUACCCCUCGGAGAUGGCGGCGGCUCCGCUCGCUGAGGAGGAGCACAUCUCCUCAGCGGCUUCAAUCACCGAGUGCGAUAAGAUGUCUUCCUUCGCCACCUCCGUGGCCGAGGACCAGUCGGUGGCCUCGGUGACGGCGCCUCAGACCGAGGAGACGGGGAAGAGUUCCCUGAUGCUGGAUACCGUCAACAGCAUGGCUUCCUCCAGGACAGAGGCCACCCAGGGCAGGGAUUACAUCCCGUCCGCGGGCACCAUCUCCCCAACAUCCUCGCUGGAGGAGGACAAGUACUUCAAGUCCCCGCCUUCCGAAGACUUCCGCCCCAUUGCCGAGGCGGUUGCGAAGAUGGGGGAAUGGGAGGAAGAAGAAGAAGAGGAGGAGGAUGAUGAGGACCAGACGCCCAAUGUUGAGAUCCCCACCAAACUCAAAGAACAAUACACAGCCAUGUUCCCAGAAAUGGGCACGCCGGCGCCCUUACUAGCAGCUGAGUUUACCGCUUACGACCAAACCACGGACCUUCAGGGCGUGGACAACAAGCCCAAGCAUUCCUUGCACUUCGAGGAUGACUUGCCGGAUAGCAACGAGAAGUGUAUCAGCCCCGACGAAAGCACGGUGAAAAUGGCCUCGCCAACGCAGUCGGGACCCACCAGCGCCGGGCACACGCCGUUCCACCAAUCGCCCGUCGAGGAGAGGACCGACUCCGUAGAGACGGAACUGGAGGACCAGGCUACACAGGAGGCUUCACUCUUCACCGAGGAGCCACUUCGAAGCGAAGAUUUGUCAAGUUCUGGGCAAAGUCCACUUGGUGAGCUCCCACCCAAGCCUGUCUCCCAGGGCGAACUCGCCCUGCACUCUGACGUCUUCCAGCCUGGCCUGACUUCAAAAGAGGACAUGAUGCACUCUCCGGAGUUCCGAGCGAUAGAGAAGAUGGAGAAAGAUGCACACGAAACGGAACACGCUGCAACUGAGAAGAUGGAGAGGGACAUUCAGGACUGGAAGCCUGCCCUGCCUAAGGCGGAGAUACCCGAGGAGAAAGAGCCUGCCGCUGAAAAGGUUCGGGAAGAGUUCCUCAAGGAGAAAGAGGACAUUGGAAAGAUGGAAAAACCAGCAGAGAAAUCUGCAACUCCUGAAGUCGUCCCAGCAUCUAAACCCACAAAAGAUGAGACGUUGUCUUUGGACGUUCUCAAGCAAGAACCAACAUCUAUCGAAAAGACGGUCAAAGAGGAAGCGUCCACCGUUCCCGAUAAAAUGACGAAAGAAAGUCCGGAGAAACAACCAGCGGCCGCUGAAAUAGUCGAGCAAAAGGCGAUCUCUCCUGACGAGGCAAAGAGCAAGGAGGAAGACCUGGGGAAGAUCUCGCUUGACGUGGGAAAGAGUGAGAAAGUGAGAAGUGAGAAAGACGAUUUGGACAAGAGACCUGGCGACGUUGGAAGCGUUGAACGAGAAAUAUCCGACAAGAAGUCCAUCGACGAUAAUAAAGUCGAGCAGAAAGAAUUGGAGAAGAUCUCUCUCGAUGUUGGAACUGGUGAGAAAGUGGAAUUGAAGCACAAGGCUUUCGAAGAUGAGCACAUGGACAAAGAUUUGCAGAGAAGAGCUGGAGAUACUGACAAAAUUCUUCACGAGGAAUUGGAGAAAAUGUCAACUGAUGUUGGCAAGAGUAAGAAGGAAGAAUUGAAGAAGGAAGAAUCGGAAAAGGAAGUCUCCAUUCACCAUGGAGAGGAGGAUAACGAGGAAUUAAAGUCAACGCCUUUUGCCGUUGAACACCUGGAAAAGAUUGACCAUGAGGUGUCAGAGAAGACAUCUAUGGGUGCUGGAACAUCCAAACCUGAGGAAUUAGGAAAAAUAUCUAUUGAUUUUGGAAAGAGUGAGAAAGAGGAUAUGGAAAAGGCACCUGGAUAUGUCGGAAAGGUUGAACAAGGAAUACAGGAGAAGUCUAUUAAUGACGGUAAAACUGAAGACAAGGAAAUGAAACAGAUGUCCAUGGAUAUCGGAAAGACUGAGAAGACAGAAAAUGGGAAGAAGGAUUUGGAAAAGAUACCUGGAGGUGUUGUGAAGAUUGAAGAAGAGGCAGCAGUGAAGAAGCCUAUUGGUGAUGGAAAGAUAGAAUGUGAAGAGUUAGAGAAGGUUCCUGUGGAUGUUGGCAAGAUGGGGAAAGAGGAUUUGGUAAAGGGAACUGAAGGUGUUGGGACAGUUGCACAAGAGACACCAGUGAAGAAGUCUAGCGAUGAUACUAAGAUGGAAGACAAGCAUUCGGAGAAAAUCUCUUUAGAUGUUGACACGACUGAGAAAGUGGGAAGUGAGAAAGAAGACUUGAAAAAAAGCCCUGGAGUUGUGGAAAAAACUGAACAGGAGGUCAUGGAGAAGAAAACCAUUGGCGAUACUAAGAUCGAACACAAGGCAUUGGAGAAGACCUGUCCGGCUGUUGGAAGGAUUGAACAGGAGGAGCUGGAACAGGAAUCGUUCGAUGUUGACAAGGUAUCGAAACAGGACGUGGUGGCUGAAACGGGAAAGAAAGUUGAGGACGUUGAAAAGAUGGAUAAGGAACUUCCAGAGAAAAAUGCUGAAGGGAAGGAAAAGGGCAUCUUCCCGUCAAAGCCUCCAGAUGUGCUGGAAAGUGGCAUCGUGGCUUCUGGGGAAAUGGGACAAGAUCCAGAAAAGAGACCUGCGGAUGUGGAGAAGACGGAAAAGUUUGUACUGGAAAUUGAACGGACAACCGGAAAAGUGGACAAGGACAUAGAGCAAAAGGUUUCCGUGGAAUCGAAGGACAUGCAAGAGAAACUGCAAUCUAUCACCCAGAAAAUCUCCAGUGGUGAUUCGGAACAGGGCUAUGCAGCAACUGAAGAUGUCCAUUUUACAUGUGGAUACUUGCCAAUUGUUACACCAGGUACAUACCUCAUUGAGAUAGAAGACAAAUUAAAAGAUCAAGCAGAAAAAAUAGCCGAGGCAAUCUAUUCAUCCGAAGAUGAAGAUCUAUCUGAUAUUAUAGAGCUGAUGCCAAUCACAGGGAAGUUCUCAAAGCCAAUAGACGAAGAAGAACUUUCAAAGCAACCGAUCUCUAAAGACAUGACCCCAGCUGACAGUAAGGGCGUGGAGUUAAAAGAGACCAACUUGUUGCCAUCUCUGUAUCCAACGUGCGAGCCUGUGGCAGAUGUUUCCACGGGUGGAAUGACGCCGAAGGAACAAGUAACGGAUGAAGCAGUGCCGGAAGGCAUCGCCGCAAAACUACACACGGGGGAACCCCCACACACCAGCCCCACUGGGGAGCGAGUGUCCCCUUCAGAGACAGAUGUGCGUUCCAGAUGUGCGGUGAUCGCCGACACACAACCUCCGGUCGAUUACAGCAAAUGGGAUCCAUCUUCCUACCAGUAUUACUUGCAAGAGGAUACCAAAGUUACCACUGCUCUGUCCCAAACGCCAUCUCCAGAAGACCUGCCGAGUGAGAUAUUUAUGGCCGAGGAUCGGCUAGCCGGGAGCAAAGACAAGGAGACGGGCAGUGAGGCCAAGUAUUCUUACUACACAGAGGAGUGGAAGGAGUCUACUGGCGGGGCUGACUAUUCUUGGAGCGUUCCUGCCUCCGAUGGUGCCUUUGACAAAGCCUCGGAGUCAAAGCCUUUGGCCGCGACUUCCCCACAUCCAGAGGACUCGUGGACCGCAGCGAAGUCCACGCUCCCUGCCGACACCACCACAGUGGGGACAAUUCUCAGCACAUCCAAAGAAUCAGCUGGAGAGGAGGACGUAAAGAAGUUGGGGGAAAUCCCGAGAGAAGAGGGGAGGACAUCUCAAGAACGUGCGUACCUUCCACCAGAGGGGAGUGUGCCCACUGACGUACUGAGAGAAAGCACGGCCCUGACUUAUGGGAAGGUCUUCACGUCUGAUGAACACAUCUUCAGCCGGUCGACUCCUUCUCCGACCGAAGAACAAGACGUUCCUCUCACUCAGCUGGACUACCACGCUGCGAUCUUCUCCGAGGCUAAGUGGAGCGGCACUGGGCUUCACACCGAGGACUCCCACACCUCCGUGAGGAAAGGAUAUUCCUCGACGGAGGGGUACAAGGACCUCGACGCUGGGAUGAAGGCGUUUACUUGCGCCGAGGUGGACAAGACAAGCACGGUCUCGGGCCUCGAGGACCUCAGCGAGCCACAGAAGGAGGUUGAGCCUCGGGGCUUCCACCACCUAUCGCGGCAGCUGGACUCACCGUUCGAGGUGGCGUGGGAGGCCAAGGAGACCGAGAGAGAACCUUCCCUCCGCAUGUCACCAAUAGAGAAGGAGCCCUCCUGGUCCGGCGCCCAUUGUCCCGAACCCACGACACAUGCGACACCUGCUGAGCAGGAAGCAAGGACAACGGGAUUCUCCGAAUUCCCAGAACCUCCCACGACUCUCCCCCCGACCUACAGAGAUGUCUUGGCCACCUCUACGUGGUCGGACGCCAAGGGCAAGGAGCAUUCUGGAGCGACACUGGAGCACAGCUUGGGCGAAGAUAUCCAGGCAGACUCCCUCAGCCCCGUCUCACCGGAUGGAAGGAAGACGUCGAGUCUCAGCAGCCCCGAGUCCAAAGACAGCCUGUCGCCCUCGCUACCCUACGCGGUGGCACCGCGGCCAGACGCCAACGUGUUUGGGAUCGGCGCGGCCAGGCAGAACGAGCCCGACUCCAACAUCCUGAGCUACUACGAGAAGGAGGUGGAGGAGAGCAGCAGCGACUCGGAGCUGGAGAAAGGCGCCAAGGAAAAGUCGGAGAAGGAAUCACCGGCGGGGCAGUGGGACACGGGGAAAGCUCCGAGCCUCGGAGUGCGAGCGGGAGCAGAGGGGCGAGCACGCACAAUGUCUCCGUGCCCGGAGCAGUGGCUGGAGGAGAGACCUCGGGAGCAGAGCCCGGCCAAAUGGGAGACGGACCACACCUCGCCCGGCCAGGUCGAGCGCGACCUCCCUUGUCCCACUGAUCACAAGGACGUUCUGCACUAUGGACUUGAUUACCCCUGCAGGAGAGAGGAGGAGAUGGCCUCCACCACCGGGGAGAGGUCUACCAUGGGUCAAUUGGGGGGCACUGGGAGAGAGGAGGAGCAGAGACCCAGCAAAGACACGCACCUCGAGGGGCUGGUCAAGCUGCCAUUCCCUGACUCGGACGUCCCGACCCAGGACGUCCCACGAACCACUGCCCAACCAGAGCACAUUGACCACUCCUUCACCACCAAGGAGGCCGAGCCCUCUGGUGCUCAGUUUAAAUACUCUUCCCACAGCGAGGAGAGAACGUUUGCCGCCCCUCUCCCACCCGAGGCCACGGGGGUGAAGGACGAAUAUUUGGAAGUAUCUCAACAAGGGGCACCUACCCCCGGCUCCGCCCACGAACUCACGACCUGCCCGCAAGGAGCAGCGCCCGAUGUCCAGGGUGGUCCGGAGAUCCGACCCGUGGGGCAAGAAGCGGCCGCGGGGACGUUCCCCUCCCUGACCACCGGCCCCCCAGCUGCCGCCCCGGCGCGGAGUCUGGUCGAGGUUUCGCCGCUGGUUCCUGCCGACGAGGCACCGAGCCAGGCAGCCGAGACGGAAGAGCCGGGCCAGGCCCCCGCCGAGCACAGCCCAGGCUACCUUUGCGACAUUGAAGACUCCACCUUGUCCUGCAGGGUCGAGUGUCAAAGGUCGGCCCCCAAACCCGAAGGAGAAGGGACGGGGACAGCUGCCGAGGGGGUGAAGGCGGUAUCGGGGACAGAGGAGCCUCAGGCAUCGGGUGUUGCCGCGGAGACCACACCGGCUGCCCGGCCUUCUUCGAUCUCCUCGUCAGAGCGGGGCUCACCCUGGCCCUCCAAGGACGACCUGUCACCCUCCUUCAUCAACCCCAGCCCCCAGCCGGAGUUGGAAGAGGGGGCGGUGGAAGGGAGCGGCCCCCAGAGCCGACCUCGGGCGCCCAGGCACCCGCGGGGGGCUCAGGACAGCCCACCCACCUCCGGCAGCGAGUCCCCCCCCCUCAACUCUGACUCCGACGUGCCCCCCGAGACAGAGGACUGCCCCUCCAUCACGGCCGAGGCGCCCAUCGACUCGGACGAAGAAGGAGACGUCCUGCCCGUCGACAAGAACAGCGGCCCCGGCCCGGACCCCCUGCCCGCCCCGGCCGCCGACCCCCAGCCGCUCCCCCCUCGCCCAGAUGUCUGCAUGGUGGACCCCGAGGUGCUGGGCCUCGAACCGGUCAAGCCGCUGAAGAAGGAGUUGAAGGACAAGGCCAAGGGCGCCCGCAAAACGGCCAAGUCCAAGGCCGCCUCGCCGGGCCGCAAGCUGGACCCCAAGACCAAGCACCCUGCCAAGCCUGCCUCGCCCAAGGACGCCAGCGAGAGGUCCCCCAAAGCAGCCUCCACCAAGAAGAAGGAGAAGGAGGCAGCGGAGAAACCCAGCCGGGCCUCCAGGGCCAGCGAGACCCAGGCAUCACGGGCCGAGGACAGGGAUGACAUCUCCAGGUCCAGCCAACCCACCCUAGGCAAAGCCCUGGUCAACGGCAUCAAGCCUUCCUCAGCUGGCGGCAGUACGAAGACCAGCUCUGGCGUGCCCGCUGGUCCGCCCGUCUACGUGGAUCUGGCCUACAUCCCCAACCACUGCAGCGGCAAGAACGUGGACCAGGAGUUCUUCAAACGUGUCCGCUCCUCCUACUAUGUGGUGAGCGGCAACGACCCUGGAAGCGGGGAGCCAAGCCGAGCCGUGCUGGACGCGCUGUUGGACGGCAAGUCCCAAUGGGGGAAUAACCUUCAGGUGACGUUAAUACCGACACACGACACGGAGGUCACACGAGAGUGGUACCAGCAGACCCACGAACGGCAGCAGGAGUUAAACAUCAUGGUGCUUGCCAGCAGCAGCACGGUGGUGAUGCAGGAUGAGUCGUUCCCGGCGUGCAAGAUCGAGUUUUGAGUCGCACCCAACCUCUCUCUCUCUCCCGGCCCAACGGAGAAACCCUGCUUCAUCAUUCCGUUCCCACACUAAUUAUUUAUUUUCGUUCAAUUAGGUUAAUUUAAGGCUAGAUUUGCAGCUUACUGCUAAGGAGACAAGUUGACAUAAUGUGAGUGCCGUUGACUCUCUGAGUUCUAGGGGACCAGUUUGGAGACCAAUUUGCUAUUACGAGUGGCCGUUUGCUUGUGAUCCCCCUCGUGUUUGUUGCAGCUUCAGGGCAGUGAAGAUUGGAGUUGGGACAUUCAUGGAGCGGCUGAUUCUGGCUGAUUCCCAGUACAAGGAUUUGUGUCGUUACUUGCUUUGAGGACCGGUGGGUCGGUUUGGCAGCUCCUAACGGUUUUCGCGGUGAAAGGUUUUUUUGUUUUUUUGGUGGGUUUUUUUGCCUCUCGGGGAACCUCGAUGUGAGAACGCCUCUUGCGGAAGAAGUCUUCGUUCUGCCCUGCAUCAGCAGCCUCUGCGGCAGCACUCCCACCUUGCCCACUGCCAGCCCAAAGGCAGAAAGCCAAGAGCAGCCUCAAGCCGAACAACGCUGGAGGAGGGGGGGGGGGGGGCAGUUAACUGGCCUGUCCCUGACCUCUCUCCCCAUCCCGCCCACUCUGCUCUCAGAAAAAAGUUGCCUCAGUGUUAAAUCCAGGGGCGGUGGGUCUUAGAUGGGGUGGGGGGGUCGGUGUUGCAAUGUGGCACCGUUUGGUGUAAGGAUAAAGGGCCGGGCCAUCAGAUAAAACUUGCAUGUUGCUUCCGAGUGCCACAGACUUAACUGCAAGCUGGACAUUUCCUGACUGUGUUUCAAGAGGCAUUUGCUCAUCCUGUUUUCCCAUUGUGCCCGCUAUUACCGUAAAGCAGGAACAUGUCUGAGGUGGCCCAUGGCCAGGAAACAGGUAGUCAGACACGUUAAACAUUUGCCACGGAAUACAAUGCAAACUCGAACAAUAGCGAUCCACUGCAUUUAAAGAGACAGCACCCUAAUGUGUGCCAGUGUAAGUGCACAUCUAAACUAUCCCUGCACAACUACAGAACAUGCGGGAGGGACGGAAAGACCAAUUCACUUUAUUUAUACCUAAACAUUAAUUUAAAUUGUUUAAUGAUAUACUGAGUUGUAUCACAAACUUGUGACGAUCGAAUCUGAAAAGUUAACUUUUAAAGGGGAUGUUUUAAAUUAUUGAACACAGCCUGACAAAGGCAAAGAUAGGAGGCCUGUCUCCUUAAGAAGACAAUGUCUGGUUUAUAUUGAAUUUGAAGUGCACACAAAAAGGUUCUGAUCGCACAGUGCCGUGCUCGUGGCCAUGUUGGUGCGAUGCGUUGUGGAGCAGAAUGAAGGACUUGCGAUGAAGGACUUGGAACACAUUUGUACCGGUCUGCGGUGGGCAGGCGGUCUGGCUGGUGGGAUGUGGAGUCUGCUUCACCCAGGCAGAGCAGACACGUUGCGUAAAGAUGGUGACCUUGCAUCAUUGCAUGCUCUGGUGAGGGGAGGAAGCACUGUCUUCCCAUUACAGUGCAGUCUCCCGCUUAAAACAUCCAUCCAAGCCUCAUGAUGGUUUUAAUGUCCCUUUCUUCAAAUAGAGAUCUGUGGACGUGCUAUUGCUUUGAUUGCAGGGCCCCGUCUUGCCCUGUGGUGAAAUAGAGGGACUGCGCAUUGUUCCACUGUAUGUUUGUGGUCAGCUUAAAGAGAGACCAGGGCUUCCCCCACUUUGAACGUGAGGAGCAGGGGCUGAAGUUGGAUAUUGCCUUUUUUAACAAACCAAAGUGUGCAAGUAGCCUCUCUUAAGCUUAAAUACCAGGUGUGGUUGCCUUAGACAUUAGGAUGAAUGUAGCUAUUUAAUGCACUACUGCUACUACUGCUUCAGCUGCAGCAAUGCAGGGCUGGGACUGGCUUUGUUACGUUAUGUUGCCAAUUUACUGCACAUUAUUGAUAGGCAUGUUGCAGGCGACGCCGAGCUGUCGCAUCAACGUCCAGCGUUUAUAUGUAUUUAUUGCCCUUCUUUAAACUCCCACAAGGUCAACUCUGGCAGUGCGGGGACCAGCUUGGUGUUUGCCAUGUUAGGAUGAGGUUGAAGGGGAUAGUUUCGUUGAGGAGACGGACCAUAGUUGGGGUCAGGAGAUCCCUAGUUCCACGUCCAGUUUCACCUUUCCCUGAGUGCUUGCUUGCUUGCAGUUGCAUUUGGUCAACAUUGGCUUAAUCCCCGAACCUCUAUCCCCCACCUCGUGGGACUCCCGCCGUUGGUUUGUGGGAUUAGAGGAACAAGGGGUGCAUGCACUGCAUGCAUCCUGUCUGCCCGCAGUCCCUGCACUGGUGGCUGCAUUGUGCAGCUCAUCCAUCGCUCCUCCCCAACCAGGAAGAGGAAGCAUCGUCAAUGGAUCAGCCGAUGACUCCAACCAAAUAUAACUGGGUGUGUUCUCCCACCUGCCUGAAGUCCAAGGACUUCAUAGGUCCAGCCUAGAAACCUGAAGGGAAGCCAAACUCCAAGCAGCUUGGAGGAAGAGGCAAGUGAAGGUUGCAAAUAGCCACAGGAAGAGCUAGACGGUACAUUGGUCUUGUCCUGAGCAGGUUUGGCCCCUGCAUAGAAGGGUGGGGAGGGGAGAUAUGGGUUAGUGGGACCAUUCCCUGCCUGUGCUUGUUGGCCUGCUGCAUGCAUAGUGUGCGUGGUGACUGUGUAUAUAUUAAAUGUACGUGCCGUUAGGAAGCACGAUAGGAAGGUUUUGAAGUGACCCAAGCAUUCUAUGCUGAGGUACUUAGAUUCGCUGUAGGCUCUGACUUUAAUAUGUUUGUAGUUUCUGACCUGUUCCCACAAUGGGCCGGCAACAGUAAUGCUGGCUAGAUCUUCCCAUCGGCACAUCUAAAACGAAGCUUACGGAUGGAAUAGGUUGACGUGUCUUUGUGUGUACGGUCAAGUCUUUGCAAGCUGUCAUCCGACGUGCAAUCCGAGUGAGAUAUUUAGAUUAGCAGAAGAAGUGUGUCAAGUUUGUCGUGAUAAGAUUGUCGGGUUAUUAAGGGAUUUGUACAGUAGUCCAAGGAGUGUGUGUGUGAAUGAGAGAACUGAUGCUCCUCCUAGGUCUUCGCCAGGAAGCAUUGGCGCUGUUACUGAAAUGGACAAUGGAUUUUGGAAAAAUUGAUUAGCUGCGAGAGUCCAUGGUACCAGAGAUAGAGAGGACCCCAUGGACAUUUCUCAGCACCCCAAUUCAGGUGGCCACUCAUUGAUAAGGAGUUGGAAUGUUUGUGUUGGCCUAAAUUAGGACAUCUUGAUAGUGUCCUCUGUGAUGUUCAAAGGAAAGACUCUGAACUCUUGAAGUUUUGCCUCUCAUCAUUCCUUCCUCACACGCAUACCUGGACCACGGAAAGGGGGUUAAAUCGAGAUUGCCUGAUCUAGGAGACUUUAAUCUGACGUUCUUCCCCCAUUGACCCAACGACAGAGGCUGACUACUGAUGUAUGCAUGGAGGAGAUCAGAUUUAAAAGAUUGUAUUUAAAGGGAAUAUUGUUCGUGUAGACGUAUUUAUAGGCCACUAGGCACUCCAUCAUUUGGUGUUAUGAGACCAUUUUCCCUCAAAAGGAUCACAUCACGGCUAUCUUUGUUCGAGCUCCAUCCUAACCAGUGCUAUUAUUGCCACAAAUUGAGUGUAUCUGCUCUGAAAAGUUAAAACGAAUUUCCAAAUUUUUAGAAAUUUAAUGUUAUACUUUUUAGUUAAUAGUCUGGAAGUUGAUUGGUCGCAAAAAAAUCAAAGGAGGUGGAGUGCG